AUGUUGCGCUGGCUAUCCCUCGCGCUUAUUUUGGUGACCAACGUCGCUGCAUUUAUUGACUUACUACCCUCUCCAGAAUGCAAGGAGCCAAGCGAUGCACCGCCCGAGUGCCAGGCACGUGCCUGGGUGAGAGCAUCUGACAUGGUUCCCGGCGAAGUUAUCGCGGGAGAUGUCAAGAUUAAACUCAGCGGACCAUGCUCUGACGCAGAGAACUAUACGCUAGGCCUACGCUACAAGGAAAAGGUAUUCUGGAAGUUAAGGCGCGAAGAUGCACCGAUUCCGAAAAUGCCCAAAUUGACGUAUAAUUGGACGGUCUCGAACAGUGAUUUAUUCAGAGUCAGGCCAUUCCAUAACUUUGGGAAUACAGACUACAACGAAACAGAAUGGAAGGCGUACGAGAACUCAGUUCAGAAUAGGGACUUGUGGUCUAUGCACGAGGAAGAACGGAUUGCCUUUGAAAUCAAGAGCCCUCUGAUCACAGAUCCAUUGUCGACAAACUUCACGACCCGAUUCGGAGUUCUGGUACCAAAUACAAACUACCCUCCAGGAUUAGACUGUCGUGGAGGUUUCAUGUCUAAUGGGGGAGCGACUGACAUGAUAUCCAGCGAAUCGAUUUACGAGUACUUUGUCGAAAUCGGGUUUAGCAACGGCACCACUUCAAAGAUACCUGCGGGGAUGACAUCCUUUACCCCGUUCUACCUCUCGACAGAAAACAACGCACCGUGUCAACUAGACGGGUUGCAGAGCAACUACACGGUUGAAGUAUCUUUUCCUGAAGGAGCUCACGUCUAUCAAAACUCGUCGGUAAAUUUCACGGCCAUUGUUCAUCGGACAGGAUAUACGAAUCGGACAGAUAUUCCUAAAGAGCUGUGUGCGUUCUCGGGGAAUGGCAUUGAAUGGCAUUCUCAGGAGCUCCAGAACCGAUUACAGUCAAUUCCACCGUCCAUUAGGGCGUUGGUCCCCUCUGUUCUCCCCAUGCAGCAUUCACAAUUCUCCCAAGUCCCUCGUUCCCCAUGCGGAGAGAUCAAGUUUGCGGCAACUCCUGCACUCUUGACUCACGAAAGCCACAUUUCUUCCACGUCUUCCGAACCGCUUUCAUUAUCCCUCUACGUGCAUCACAAUGCUGUUCCUGGAUUUUCAACGUACUAUCAGACACUGGGACAUCGUGUAAAGCUGAAUCUCCAUGUCGCGUCUGAUCCAUCAGAGCCAUGGGAUAAUGAAUUCCAGAAGAUACAAUGGGAGAAGGAGAUUGCGGGUGCGGGUGCGAAUGCAGAUGAAUUUGACUGGGUGCCCUGGACGCCGCCGACGCAGACUCGUCGCCGAACCCUUUUCGGCGAUGCCAAUAUACUAUCAGUCAUUCCAACGCAGAAGCAGGGACCUGUGCGAUCAACGCCAAUCCACUACCUGUCUGACAAAGCUCGUCAACCAGUAUUUGUCGAUUCGUCGGACAUCGCUGACCUUCGUCUGAUGUUGCCCGAGGAACGCAAUCUCAUUGCCCCACUUACGCAGCCAUCUAUCAAGGUUUUUGCCAAGGGAGAAGAACUUCCACACAGAUAUUGGACUGGUGGUGACAUGCGGUACCCGAUCUACGUUGGAGACACCUGGGUCAACAAAGUAUUACCUACUAUGGCCGCCGAGGGCCAGCGCGAGAGAGAUGCCGUGGACCACUUGCUCGUUGUACAGUGA